UUGCAGGAAAAAACGUACGACCAUCUGUCCGCCAACUGAAGCUCCGCAGAGGAUGGGUGAUGCAACAGGACAAUGACCCAAAGCAUACAAACCUCUCUAGCAAUACACAAUUUUUUACAAAUUGAGCAUGUGCAGAGUGACUCCACACGAUAUGUCUUAUCAGUAGAUAAGAGGGGAGCACUGGAAGAAGAGGAGGAUCAGAGAAGACAGGAUAAAACAGCGUUUUUUUACACAUUGCAGAGGAUUAACUCCUUAGGUUCCACAGUAAGUAUAACAAGCAUGCUUUACUGCAUAUACAGACUGAUUGUACUGUUGUGGGUUUAG